GGAGAAAUGUAAUUUAUUACAAAUCAAAACUGUGUAUCUCUACAUCCCGCUGAGAGUUCAGGCAAGUAGGUAGCGAUGGGGGCUUCGUAACUUUUCUUUUUAAAUCGCUUCGUUUCCCACCUUCCGUCGUUUUUGUCUAUGGUCGUCGUCAAUCGACGAAGAUCGACGUUUUAGCGAUUUCGCGGUAUAGCUCGUCGUUCCGGCGAUCUUGAUGUGAUUCCCGAUUCCAUGUACGAUACAGAUCGCCCCUCCACAUUCUCCCCGUAAUAUCGUCCGGUCUUACGAGCGAGGCAACUCGCGAUAACAGCAUUGCGUAUAAGGUUUACUGUACCACAAUUUCAGAUCUAACAAGACCUCACACUCUUUUGGUGGAAUCAUCGGCCAAUGAGGCAUGCAAAUAUGCAAAAUAUUGGUGGGCAGUCGAUGCGAAUCACACGUUCUAGGGCUAAAUCAUUUGCCUCUUCUGAUGGACUGCCCCCUUUACAUCCUUCAGGCAUAGAGAAUGGGAAACAGGUCCAGCGAGCAAGCCGCAAAAGAGCAGCAUCAGAUGAAAACAUUUCAAUUAGUGGGGCCCCUUAUGUUCAAUCGAAUAAAAGAGCAGUUCUUAGAAAUGUCACAAAUGUAGUCUGCGAGAAUUCGUACUUGAACUGUAUGCCUGGAACUAAAGUUCAGGAUGGAAAAAAUCGGGACAAGAAAAUGACAAAGGUGAUACCUGCGGUGUUAGGUAAAAAAAGGGCACAUGUUGUGGAUGAUAUGAAGGAAAGUAUAACUGAAGAACCAAACAAUUUGAAGGUUGAAAAAUCAGAAUGUAGCUCAUACACAAACUGUAAGCAGAAUGCAUUAGCACAGAAAAACAAUAGUGCCACCAUAGGACAAAGUACGGUAUGUGGUGUUAUGCAAUUAGUGAGGUGCAACUCCAAAAUUGUUCCACAGACGACUACACCACCAACCGAUGAUGGCAAAAUUACCCCAAAGAUAAAUGACUUGGCUAGUCUGGGAAUUACAGAUAUAGAUACAAAUCACAUGGAUCCACAACUGUGCACUCUGUAUGCUGCUGAUAUAUAUGCAAAUCUGCAUGCUAAUGAGCUUGACCGGAGACCCUCUGUUGAUUACAUGGAAAAGCUUCAGCGAGACAUUACUGAAGGUAUGCGGGGCAUUCUGAUUGAUUGGCUUGUGGAGGUUUCUGAAGAAUACAGGCUGGUUCCAGACACCCUUUAUUUGACAGUGAACCUUAUUGAUCGGUUUCUCUCAGAAAACUACAUUGAGAAACGAAAACUGCAACUGCUUGGCGUUACAUGCAUGCUAAUUGCGUCAAAGUAUGAAGAAAUUUGUGCACCACGCGUUGAAGAAUUUUGUUGUAUUACAGACAAUACAUACUCGAGAGAAGAGGUUGUUAAAAUGGAGAGUCAUGUUCUCAACCUUUUGGGCUUCCAACUUUCUAUUCCUACAACCAAGAAAUUCCUUAGGAGGUUUGUUCAAGCAGCACAGACUUCUUAUCAGGUUCCUUCUGUUGAAUUGGAAUUCAUGGCAAAUUAUUUGGCAGAGUUAACUCUUGUUGACUAUAGUUUCCUUAAGCUUCUCCCUUCUCUUAUUGCUGCUUCUGCUGUAUUUCUUGCAAGGUGGAUUCUUGAUCAGUCCACACACCCAUGGAACCCAACCCUUGAGCAUUACACCAGGUACAAGGCAUUGGAUCUGAAAAGUACGGUUUCAGCUUUGCAAGACUUACAGCUGAACACCAAGGGGUCUUCUCUAAAUGCCAUUCAUGAAAAGUAUAAGCAACCUCAGUUCAAGUGUGUGGCGACAAUAACAUCACCAAAAGCAGAUUUAUCUAUGUUCUAGAAGUAUCAGAGAUAAAGCUUGCAGUUCAAGUGUGUGGCGACAAUAACAUCACCAAAAGCAGAUUUAUCUCUGUUCUAGAAGUAUCAGACUCACCCAUGCUGCUGCUGCUGCUUCUACUGUCUAUUGGUAUUAGAUGUCCUUCGCCUACCCUCCCUAAGUGUCAGAUAAAAGCUCUCAUUCAUUUGUUCAUUCCCCUCCAUUCUCAAAUGGCUAAUGCAUCUGUUAGAUCAAAUUUUGGUACAAAUGUUAACAUGGGAUUUUCAGAUGCAAUUAUUCUAAAGCACGAUGGUGUUAUUAGACUGCAUCACUGUAUCUAGGAAAGCCUUGUAGUUAAGAAGAAAGCUAAAGCAGCAGAUGCAUAGUUUAGUUGCUGCCUUAAAGGAGCUACCUAAGCUCCUUGUGUACAAACAAUUCCAACUCUGGUGCUAUUUAUCACUACUGCUCAAUAUACUUGAUCCAUUAUUUUUUUUUUUUAGAAAAAA